CUGUAAAUUCUGUGGUGAGGGGCAUACAUGUAGAGUGGUUCCUGGUUGCAGCUGCAGUCAAAAGCCGUUGUCUCACAGGUGUGGAAACAUUUCAUCCUACAGCCAGAAGAAAAAAUACUAAUAAUGUUCUAAGGAUGUGUUAAAAACAGGUACAUUUACCAGUACGCGUAGUCGCACAAUGUGGAUGUUACCUGUGGGGGAGGAUGGAACUUAAUUGCAUUUACCUGUCUGCGUGUAUACAUUGUGUUAUAACAGCAGAGGAACUGUGAGGUUUACUGGAAGCAUAGGGGCUUCAUCUUGUGUAGCUUUGAUCAUGGUUGACGAGCGCUGUAUUUUGUGGGUGUUUGGGGACCAUGGGAUUAAGUCAUCAUGACAAGGACAGGUGUGGUCAGCAAGCUGCCCGCACAACCGAUCUUACAAACAGAAAUAUGUGUGGUAACAGAGAUUGCAAGAACCAUGGAUCUGCACACAUUUUAUCUGGAUGCCCAUGGCAUCACCCCACAUGUGUUAGGAAGCUUUGUUGUUCGGACGUCUUGAUGAACGUAGUCCCUCAGGGCUUGUGGUGGCCCCAAGUGGGCACUUUACGAAAAGACCCAGUUGUUUGGUCCCUAACAUCACUGUUGUAUCAUUCUGUGCAACGGACGAGGUCCUUAUGGAAGAUGCUGGCUGCCAUUGUCACCAUAUAUUUAUGUAUUCCAGGCAUUCACUGUGAUCUGUGUCUUCACUCUAACAAGGAUACCUUACUGCAGGCUAUCACCAAAUCCGCCACUCCCUGGGCAGGGCUGAACGCCGGGACGUUCAACAAACUUCCCGCAGCCGACACUCUCUCCAAGUGCAUUGUGGGAUGCUGUGACGUGUCCUGGUGUAACGCUGUCCUCUAUCACCAGUCUAUCUGCUACACGAUCCACUGUAAUUCCACGGAUCAGCGAGCAUGUGACCCGCUGAAACGCUCAGAAGCCAAAUACGCCUCCUCGUACUUCGUUAAACUUAGAUCCACAGAAGAGACUGAUGCCGCACUGAGGACUGCAGCCUCUGGUUUAGGCGCCUCUGAUCAACCACUGAUCUUAAAUCACCGCUGUUCCCAGGACACAGACUGCCCCGCCCAUGAGCACUGCACCCUGGAGGUGGACGACACAGGCAUGGAGUACAGAUGUACCUGUCAGGAGGGUUUCGUUAGGAACUCUGUCACCAAGGAAUGCCAAGUUGUGGGUCUACCGUGUGAAUAUGGACUGGAUCAGUGUAAACCAGGGGAGGAGUGUACCUUGAGAGAGGGGUCCAAAUCUCGGCAGGGAUUGUGCGAGUGUAAGACUGGCUACCAGAGAGACCCAGUGUCCAGGCACUGUCAUAAAACUGAGGAGGUUGUGGAUACAUCAGGAUCCAGGUCUUCUGAUCAGACACCACCUGAAAAGAAAGAUAAUACGAAAACAACAUCAACAACAACAACAACAGCCACAAAAACAACAACAUCUCCACCAGUACAAGCUCUGGUUAUCUCAGCUGGGGACAACAAGGAGAUCCAGUUACCCCAGAAUGAAGUCACGCUCUCGGCAUUCGCGCUCCCGCACGCAGACUCAGACGAGGAGUAUCAUUAUGAGUGGUUAUUGCUGAGUGGACCGGAUGGGGCGGAGAAAGGCAGCAUGGCAGACAAGAAUACAGAUACUCUGAAACUCUCAAAUUUGAUCGCUGGACUAUAUGCCUUCAAGAUAAAAGUGACAGGCACGAACAAGUAUGGGGAAGGAUUUGUCAAUGUUACUGUUAAGCCACCCGCCAGACAGAACCAGCCUCCUGUGGCCAUAAUAAAGCCAAAGUCUCAGUCUGUAGUUCUCCCGAAGUCCCCAAUUUUAGAUGGCUCAGACAGCACAGAUGAUGAUAAAAUCGUCAGCUAUCAGUGGGAGGAGGUGUCGGGUCCCAUCCAAGGUCACCAGAUCAAUGGGAAGGAAGCCAUGUUAACUCUGACUGAUCUGGUUCCUGGAAACUUUACCUUCAAACUGACUGUCACAGAUUCAGACGGGGAAAGUAGCUCCGCCUUGGCUAAUGUCACUGUCAUCAAAGAAACGGACUAUCCUCCUAAGGCGUUCCCGGGCUCGGACAUCGUGAUUCACCUUCCCAAGAAUGAGGUCACACUGUACGGGAAUGGCAGCACAGACGACAAAGGCAUCAAGUCCUACGAGUGGCUGAAAACUGGCACAGAUAAACUCACGGCAGAUAUGGUGGGUGUCCGUGAGCCUAUCCUUCAUCUGUCAGGCCUCCAGGAAGGAGACUACACCUUCUCCCUAAUCGUGACAGACACGGCCGGACAGACGGACACUAAAGAGGUACAUGUGUUUGUGAAGAAGGCUACGAAUCAGCCUCCGAAGGCUAACCCGGGGUCCGAGCAGACCAUAUCCCUGCCUCUGACCAGCCUGACACUGGACGGUAGAAAUAGCACCGAUGAUAAAGCCAUCGUGAAGUACGCUUGGAAACAGCUCAGUGGUCCGACAGACUUAGUGAUCGACAGGGACACGGAGCCCCUAGCUAAGACAACAGGAGAGAUCCAGAAGGGAGACUACUCAUUCAGCCUGACUGUUCAAGACAAGGAAGGGGAAGAGAACUCUGCUGACCUAACUGUUCAUGUCGUGGAAAAUCCAAACAAACCUCCUGUAGCAAACGCUGGGGGAGACCAGACUGUGCACCUGCCCUUAGCACUGAUCACGGUUAACGGAAGCUUGUCCUCAGACGAUUAUGGUAUUGUCAAAUACACCUGGACUCGGGACCCACAGAGUCUGGCGGCUGGGGAUGUCCUCAAUGGAUCUGACCACCAGGCAGUGUUGCAGAUCACCAAUGUAAUCGCCGGGAGAUACGUAUUCGUGUUAGAAGUGACGGACACAGAGGGCUUGACACAGACUGACACGGCUUCUGUCACGGUCAAACCAGAUCCUCAUGCCCUGGACGUUGUAGAACUUCACAUUAAGGCUGAUCUCUCAACGUUUACAGAAGAAAACAAGAAAAAUUUAGCAGAUCAGUUGGCGUUGUUGUUACACAAGUCAACAUCUUUCGGGAGACAGACCCUCAUUGUUCGUUUCUAUGUGCUGACUGUCAUGAAGGAGCAGACCCAGGUGCAUAGGGGCACAGAGGUAAUGAGACUGAUGAAGCAGAUCCUGUCUACCAAAGCCAGUAUCCUGGACUACACUCUGAUCACUGUGGACACAGUGGUGUGUCAGAACAACUGCUCGGGGCAUGGGGUGUGUAACCAGUACACCAAGAGGUGCGUCUGUGAAGCCUUCUGGAUGGAGAAUUUCUUCAAGGCAAACCUGGGGUCAAGAGAAAGGAACUGUGAGUGGAGCAUCCUAUACGUGGUGAUUGUGGUGUUUCUGUCCGUGGUGGGGGUGGCGGGCACCCUCUGGUUAAUGGUCUGCUGCUGUAAGAAGAAAAGGUGUCGCUGUAUGAAGCCCCGUAGGCGCACGCGCUACACCCUCUUGCGGGAGACAGAUGACAAGGAAGAAAUUGGAAUGCUUCCAAAAGCGUCCAAAUUACAGCAGAGUAGUUUGAUGAUGUCAGACUCUGAAUUUUCCAGCCAAGAAGAAACUCUGUUUAUUUCCCAGAAAAAAUCCAACGGACACAUUCCAAAGAGACCGAAUGGUCUUUCGAGGCCUUAUUCCAAAAACAAGACAAAGGCGUAGUGCUGGAAAUAUCUUUCCCAUUUCUUGGUAUUUUGUCUUGUGUAGAGCUUUCUGUAUUGUUGAUAAUUAUCAGCUGCUUAUCUGUUUUAUUGAUAAUGUUCAGCAGAUUAUCUGUUCUAUUGAUAAUGAUCAGCUGAUUGUCUAGGAAGGGGAUUCAUAACACAAGACGCAAAACUACAUUUAGGCAUGGCACAGAGAGUCGCGCUCUGUCCCAUUCUGUUAUACAUAAAUAUUCUACGGGGAUAUUGACCAGUGGUGAACUACUACUUGGUUUUAGAGAAGGCGACGUUGUCAUUCCAAUAACAAAGCCCUAGCAAGGUCAUCUGAAGGUCGUUUACCAAUAAUUUUGAUGAAUUUGUACAUAAAUUAUAUCUGUAUAGAAUUUCAUUGGCAGUGAAGUGAUGACUUGAAAAAUGUGUUAUUCCACAAAGUCAGGUGAAUGUAGGUAGCGAUUAUGAUCUCGGUAACGGAGGAGUGACCUGAAGUGAUAUUCAUAUUUAUACGUGUACAGCCUGCACAUGUAGUAUUAUUACGAUCACCCCCAAAAGAAACAUUCAGGUAAACGUAGAUCCCUAAGACAAGUUGUUCAGAUUUACACAAAGCUGUGAAGUAGCUUUUUUUAUAGCUGCGUGCAGUAUAUUUGUCUACAACCUACGUUGUCAUGGUUGUUGAGGGCUCCCUAAGUGCUCUAAGAGCUUACUAAGUCCAGGAAUAGUGGAAACCCGGAUUUUAGCACUGUUACUGGGUUAUACGUACAUGUACGUGUAUAACUUGUAUAUUUCUGACAGCAGGGAAUAGUUCCACCCACAAAAGUAAUAACAUGUGAGUUUUAGCGCCAUAACGAAAGCCACCUUAUUUACGAGGAAAGUUUACCGCUAAAAAUCGUAAUACAAAGUGUUGUGAAUGUCCACACUACUCUAUGGGUGUGCUAGUUUAAUUGCCCAAAUAUUGGACUCAAAUUUACACAGCUAAAUAUAGGAGAAGUAAAUUAGAAUGUUUAAAGCGUAUCUCCAGAAUAUUGGAUGUUAAAGAGAUACAGAAUCGAUGGUGAUUGGCUGACAGUGGAGAUAGGGUUUUAUGGGUCAAACCCCUUUCACUGGGUCACGCUUGAAUAAGCCUGCCAUACCUAGAACAUCAGGUUGGCCUAGGGUUAGCCUUUACUUUCCUAUCCUUCACACCUGCCAAUCAGAACUGAUUCUGUAUCCCCUUAAGUUGUGUAAAACGUUGAAGUACUUGUAAUUCCUGCCCUGCUAAAGGCCUUAAGUUCAUAUAUCAUUCCAAUCUAAUCUGGAAAUUUGUGGGUUGAACGUGAUCAUUGUGUAACUCACAAACCAGUAGACUGUAAUCAUCUUUGACCAUCAUUAAAGAGGCCUAUCAUAAAUGUUAUAAUUUUAUACGGAUAGAUAUAAUUUUGAAUACAGACGGUGAUAAAUAAUAUAAUUAUUGUACUUGUGUAUGCAUACCGUUGAUUACAAACACACACAUGCGGACACGGACACGGACACGGACACAAACACAUAGCUAUGGACAGGUGUUACUAUGUUUGCGAGGGACAAAGACGUCGUUUUUAUGUGCGUAAGACGUGUACCUGUAAAAGGGGACAAACAUGCUGUGCAAGAUGUUAUUUAAGAGUGGCAAGAUGGCAUUUAAGAGUGGCCUAUUUUCACAUUUUGCCCGAUUCCGAUUUAUGCGUCCAAUUUUUUUUAUGGAA